AUGCCUCACCCUCACAACACCCUCGGUAACGAUGAGUGGUUGCUCACGGGCGACAGUCUGUGGAGUGAGAAUGGCGUCUACGAGUUCAGAAUGCAGGAUGACGGCAAGGUUGUCGUGUAUGAGAACGGCAACCCGAGGUGGCAGAACACCAAGCAGCAGCGCUCUGACGUGAAGGGUGUCCAAAUGCAGGCAGAUGGCAACCUGGUCAUCUACACCCAUGAUGGCGAAGCUGUCUGGCACUCUAACACCGCCCCCGGGAAGGAUGUCAUCCUUGUCAUCCAGAAUGAUGGCAACCUCGUUCUUUACAAGGGCAACCCAGUCUGGGCCAGUUCGACCACCCCCUCCGCUUAA